GAGAGAGAGAGACAGAGCGAGAGACAGAGACGGAGACAGAGACAGAGUGAUGGGAGCCGGCUGAGCAAGCAGCAGCGAGUCAUCGCUCUCCGAGCUGCUAAUGACAGGCCGACAGAUGUGAAGGAUGGCGUCUUGCUCUGAGAUCUGUGGUUCGGAAUAUGGAGAGCAAGCCCAAGUCAGUGGCAACUGUCAGCAGUACGGUGUCCGCUCUUACCUUCACCAGUUUUAUGAGGAGUGCACAGCCUCCAUCUGGGAACGUGAUGAAGAUUUUCAGAUUCAGAGAUCGCCUAGCAGGUGGAGCUCUUUACUCUGGAAGGUCUGUCUCGCGUUUGGCACCUUAAUCUUGUUUGCGGGCCUGAUUGUCAUUGUUGUGGGAUAUGCCACUCCAGCUAGAAUUGAAGCAUUUGGUGAAGAGGAUCUUCUUUUUGUGGACAGCCAGGCAGUUAGUUUUAACCGUGCGCUCGACGUUUGCAAGCUGACUGGAGCUGUGCUGUUCUGUGUGGGAGGUACCUCCAUGGCUGUGGGUCUCCUGCUAUCUGCCUUUGCCAAAAGCUACUCCAAAGAAGAAUUAUAUCUGCAACAAAAGUUUAAAGAGCGCUUGGCUGAUUUGCAUUCAACAGUUGGUACCCCCAUAAUGAGAGCACCAACCCCUGGGGAAGGAAAGGUGCCAGUUACACUUUCCAAGGUCCAGAACAUCCAGCCAGCAACUCCAAAGUCAGAAACCUGACAGUAGUCUGAUUGAACGGGGAUAAAAUAGUUUGAGUGAGUGAAUGAGAGGUGAGUGAGUAGAGUGAUUAGUGAGUAAGUCCAUUAGUGCAGGGAUGUUAUAACCUAAAAGGUCAGCUCACAUGACUGAUAGGGUCAACUCUUCUCGCUGUUUGACACAACAUUUCUAAGAUUACAAAGUUGACAUUUCAUGUGCAUCAUUUUUUUUUUAUUCGACAAAACACUUCACGUUUGUGAGUGCUAGCCACACAAAUCUAAAGUAAGACAAAGAAAGUAACCCAAGAACAAAUCAAUAGAACACAGCCACUGAACAAGUGAACAUUUUUCUUUUCAGUGUCGAAGAGAAAUGUGGUGCUGCGGGAGAGAGGCUGAACAGCAGGCGUUAUCGAUGCGUCGCUGCCAUUUCACAAUAGCCAAAGGGCCAGACAUAAUAACCAAUCCAAGCUGCAUGACAUGUAAACACAGACUCAUAAAAUCACCAGCACUUUACUGUCUACAUUUAAGUAAAAUCAACCGUGAGUCUAGCUUAGAUAAUUGCGUACUAUUGGGGCAAAUUAGAUGAGCGAGACAGAAUAGACUUGAGAGUGUGACAUUUUCUCCUGACAUGUUUGACCCUGUCUUCUGGAGUAAAACAUUUAACAUGAUCAAUAACUAAAACCAGAAGGUGUGAUGAAAGCUAUAUAGAAGUUCAACAACACUGUCUGUUAAUUAUAAAGAAAAAGCACAGAUCAGCUAUCAUCAUCGUGGUGGAUUAUUUUACUUUUAAAAGUGGCAUAUAAAACAUAUGGCCAUAUUCUACUUUUAGUACAGCAGGGAUUCUUAAACAUGGGAUGUUUAUACUAUUUUACCUUGAUUUAAUUGUUACAAUUUGGUCAGAAACAUACAUAUGUUAAUGCUUUUUUUUUUCUUAUUCUACAGCCCUCUAGAAAGCAACUAGUGUUGGGCAAAUGAGCCAGUGCUCAACCUGCCCCAUUCCUUAGUGCACAUCUGUCUCUGUUACCUUGACAACCAGAGCUGGAGCUUUUUUGAGCUCCCAGGUUGAAUUUUACUUUCAAAGCAAAGCAACACAACUGGUCUUCAAGUAAACACAUGGAUUGUAUUUUCACUAUAAAUUACACUUGUCAAUCGAUGGUGUAUGUAGCGUACAACUUGCUAUUCAGAGUAUUAUAGUAUCUGGUUGUUUCAUUUAAAAAAAAAUAGAAAUUGGUGGCAACCACCGAAUCACACUUUUUGGAAAGAAAAAAGUAUGUGUUCUUACAUACGUAAUGAAAAUGUUCGCGUCAGUUCAUCUCUUACUCACAGUCCCGAUGCCACUAAUACCCUCUUCGUUUUAUUUAUGUAUUUUUAAUCAAAGUUUGGUGAUUUUGUCAUGAAGUUUUUUUAUCAGACAAACCACAAAGCUAUAUUAUCGGUAUUCUAAACUAAAAAAAUUACUCAAUCACAUGUAACAUAUAAUCUUGUUCAAAGACCAUAAACCAAGAUGUUAAAAGACUGAGUGAGAGUGUGUGCUGGUGAUCAAUAAAUGUGCUCACAAGUAGUCUCAUGCUGUAAAUUGUGUGUUUGGUAUCAUUCUUUUGCUGUCCAAAGGCAGAAUUUUAAAGAUAUUUUUCGUCUCAAGAAAAUCCUUAUUCAGGGUUCCGUGUUGUAACUUGAUUUUACAUUCAGUGUGUCUCCUGAUGUAGUAACUAUACUCUCCCUAGUGGAUUAUAAUGCAUAAAAAAACUGAAGUCUAUAUCCACAAUGUAGUACAGUAUAUCUAUUUUUAAACAUAAUAAAAGCUAAAUAUGCUGGCCA